AUGUCGUAUCAAGUUCCUCCCAGCAAGCAUGCCAUCCUAAACGGUUACGCCGCCAUCGCGGGUGCUCCUCAAACGGCUGUACCUCCUGCUGAAGAGAAAGAGAGAAGGUUCGAGAUAUUCAAGGAUAACCUGCGAUUCAUUCACGAACAUAACAACACUGGGAACAAACCCUACAAGCUUGGCUUGAACAAGUUCGCUGAUUUCCCCAAUGAAGAGUACAAAGCUAGGUACCUCGGCACCAAACCCCGCAGCUCCUCCCAGCAACAGCGAUUGCUCUCUGGCAACAGGAACUGUGACCGUUACGCAUUCCAUGAUGAGUUGCCUACUUCUGUUGAUUGGAUGGAGAAGGGCGCUGUUUCCCCCCCUUAA